AGUCAGUGCAAAGCUAGAGAGCGCUCACCAAAUCAAGCAAACAGAAACGAUGGCAUCAAUCGAUCCUCACAGCAUCAAUCUGAUUUCCGCCUUCCUCGCCCAUGAGCAACUCCCUGCAGCACAGCCGCCCCCCCAGGCAGUUGACUGCAUUGUGAUCUGCGUGUCCGCCAUCCUCCACCAGGCCGAGGCUGUCUUCGCAUUCCUCGCCGCUAACCCGCACGCCACCAAGACCCUCGUCUUCUGCGGCGGAAUUGGCCAUUCCACCCCUUACCUAUAUGAGGCGGUGUCAAAACACCCCAAGUAUGGCCAUCUGUCUCCGAUCAUUCAAGGCCAGCCGGAAGCCCGCGUGCUCCACAUGAUCUUCACCAGAUGUUUUGAGGCCGUGGCCUCGGACUUCCGGAAGGCUGGGGGCAAUCUUCUGAUCGAGGACCAGUCCACCAAUUGUGGGCAAAAUGCGAUACAGACGAAACACCUGCUGGAAGACAAUGCCAUCCCGGCACCCAAUUCCGUAAUCAUCGUCCAGGAUCCCACCAUGGCCCGAAGGACGAUUGCCUCAUUCGUCAAGGCCUUUGCGCCGAUGACCCCGGAUUUGUUGAGCUGGCCAAUCAUAGUGCCCCGCGUUCGGUUGCGGGAACAUAAUGAGCUGGUUUACGAUGUAGAAGGAAUCUCUGCGGAAAGUCUAUGGAGUAUACCUCGCUUUUUAGGACUGUUGAUGGGCGAAAUCCCGCGGUUGAGAGAUGAUGAGCAUGGCUAUGGGCCUCAGGGCAAAGGGUUCAUUGAACACAUCGACAUCCCUCAGGACAUUGAGCAGGCGUUUCAGGGCUUGGAAAACGGGAUACUAGGGUCGGAACUAGCAAAACGAUGAGUUCGAUUGGUUAGAACUUGCUCCCUAUAAUGUCUUCAGAUUUUUUUCGACUCUGCAGAGUAUAGUUGUGCCGGAGUAUCUAUCUAUCUGAGGCCGAGCGCCCUUGAUUAUGACGCCGAUUAAACGAAGCAUAGCUCGGUUAUACCAAUGCGAGAGACGAACGGCCAACGUGAUAUCUCAAUCCAGGCCUUAGGAGAGUUAGUGCCGAGAAUGUGAUGCCGGCCGUCUUGGUAGGGCCUGAGCGCUGGGAUGCGACACAACCACCCGCACGUACUGCCCAAUCGGUGGUCACUCACCCGAUCGUUGCACCUGAGUAAUGUCUUCUCUCCUGGUCGCGUCGAAAUAUCCCGGACGUUCGGGGCAGAAGCUUUAUGAUGAUUGCUUGUUGCACGAAGACCCCGCCGC